AGCGUCCCCGUGUAGUGGUGCGCCGGCGAUGUGAUGGAAGGGACAGAAGCGGAGGGAGAGGAAUGACUGCACGUCGGGGAUGGCGGACAAAUCUCUGACGGUGUUCGUGAAGCUGUUCGCCGCCGGAUUUUAUGGUUUCAGUUCUUUUCUAAUCGUCGUCGUGAACAAGAGUGUCCUGACCAACUACGGGUUCCCCUCUUCAAUAUGCGUCGGAAUAGGACAAAUGUUUGCCACCUUGGUUGUGCUGUGGGUGGCCAAGGCUGUAAGGGUGAUCAGCUUUCCAGACUUCGAUGAGAGCAUACCUGGCAAGACAUUUCCUCUACCGUUCCUUUAUGUGGGAAAUCAGAUCACCGGCCUGUUCGGAACUAAAAAGCUUAAUCUGCCGAUGUUUACUGUUCUCAGGAGAUUCUCUAUCUUAUUCACCAUGCUGGCUGAGGGAUUUCUGCUCAAGAAGAAAUUCUCCAGGCCAGUCCAGUUGACAGUAUUUACAAUGAUCCUGGGGGCGUUUGUAGCUGCAAGUGCUGACCUUUCCUUUGAUCUGCAAGGUUAUGUGUUCAUUCUGCUGAAUGAUGUGUUGACUGCAGCCAACGGCGCCUAUGUGAAACAGAAGUUAGAUUCAAAGGAGUUGGGAAAAUAUGGGUUACUAUAUUAUAACGCAUUAUUCAUGAUCAUUCCCACCUUACUGUUGGCUCAUGUAACAGGAGAUAUGCAAAAGGCAGUGGAAUAUUAUGGCUGGUCAGAUGUAUUUUUCCUUUCCCAGUUUCUUCUCUCCUGCAUCAUGGGGUUUGUUCUAAUGUAUGCCACGGUGCUCUGUACACAGUACAACUCUGCUUUAACAACCACCAUUGUAGGCUGUAUCAAGAAUAUCCUAGUGACAUACAUUGGGAUGGUGUUCAGUGGAGACUACAUUUUUUCAUGGACUAACUUCAUAGGCUUGAAUAUCAGUAUUGCAGGCAGCCUGGUGUACUCCUAUAUCACUUUCACAGAGGAGCAGUCCAAUAAAGCAAGUGAAAACAGCAAGCUGGAGAUCAAGGGCAAGGUUGUUGUAUGACAGACACUGGAUGUUUUUUAUGCUGAUGUACAAGAGGACACUAUUUUUGGUACGGUUUAUAUUUAUUGAGCAUUUUAGCUGUGGCGGCUUGGAAAUCCUGGGAAUCCCCCCCCCCCUGUCUUUCCUGAUGGAGACGGUCAGUCACCAGAAACUACAUUGCAAAUUCCUCCAGGAGGGCUAUGGGCCCAGAACUGAAAGAUUGGCCCUUUUUUUUUUUAACUUAAUUGAUCCUAUUCUUUAAAAUUGAUCAAUUUUUAAUGCUGUUUUUAGUAUUUGUAAACCUCAGCAGAUUUAAUGUACUAGUAAGCUGUCAUAAGAAGGGAGAAAUUGAAAUAAUUUAUUGUCGUUUUUACCAUACAAUUUUUUUAUUGGAUGAGACAUUCCUUACAGUUUGAGCAACCAAACCAUUCAGGUUGAAUAUUGAACAGAAAUAUUUUUCUCUCAACUGGAGUGACCAGCUGAAAUAUUCAGUAGUUUAAAGCAGGGGUGCUCUUCAGUUGUUGUCUUGCAGUUAUAAAAAAAAAAAAUAAUAAUAAUAAUAAUAAUAAAUAUAUAUAUAUACUGAAAGGCACAAUCUAGCCUAACAGUUUGCUGUUUACAAGGAAUGUAAGUUACAAGUUACAAUGCCUUCUGAGCAUGCGAUGCUCUGACCUUAUGGUAGAUGUCAUCUCGUCGUUUCUCUCCUUUUUCAUGUUUUUUAUUUUGUACAUUUACUGGUUUGUAAACGGACAGUGAUUACACUAGGCUAACCUCAUCCUUCAAACAACCAAAGUCUUUCGUUCAGCCAAAGGAUUGUGGCUUUAGGUGUAUUUGCUCAUUAUUUUCUAAUAAGUAUGGUCUAAAAAUAACUGUUUACAUUGUGCUCCUUCAGUAUUACUGAAUAUUAAUCGUGGUGUCUUAUCAUAGGCUGUCCAGUUCUGUCUAUGCAGAGGCAACAAGCACUAAUUAUAUUUGCUUGUUUGACAAGAUCUUUUAUUGUUGUCAUUGCACUUUUAACUGUUUCCUAGGUAGGGACAGUAAAAGGGUGAAAAUUGUAUAUCCUCAUUUCUCAUUGUGUUUAUAUUUGUGAGUUUGAGGCUAACGAAAAGUCAAAAUGUACAUUUCAGCACUGUCUUUUUUAUUUAAUAGUGUUAAUUUACAAGCAGUUAUGAGCAGUAAGACAUUUUCUAAACUUCUACCUGCCACGUGUGCACUCAUUAAGUUAUUGAAUGGGUGUAUCUGGUAUGUUUUUUUUCUUUCUUAUUUUAAAACUUUUAAUUUUUGAUAGCCACAUUGUAAGUUGAGUGACUGGUGUGUUGUUGAUGCUGAUCUCAAACACAGUAACUAUGGAUUAGUAACCGAAACAGAGUAAUCUCUACAUCAGAGGAGAACUCUUAUUUUUACAUUAAAAAAAAAAAUCUCUACAAACCCCUCUGUCAUUGGCAUCUCAUUGAAAUGUUUUUUGCCUUUCUGUUGGUCAGCUGAAGUUUCAUUAAGUUAUGGUUGGAUUAUUUCAACAUCUGAGGCAUCACAAAACAGUUUGGGUAAAAAAGGGGUGACGCCUGCACACUUACUCUAAGCCACAAAAGUAUUCCACAAGAAAUGUAAUCCAUCUUGUGGUUUAGAAUAUGUAGGAAAAACUAAGGGCACUAAAAAUCAGGAUGCACAGCAGCUGCCUCCGUACCAGCGUAACCCGAUGGCAGUGCAUUUCAGAGAGCCAGAUCACCCAAUGGUCUCUGAUACAUGGGAAUCGAGCGCAUCAGGUCUCCUAGAAGAGGUGAUUUGAAUUCCCUCUUACUCCAAAGAGAAAGUUUUAU